UCAAUGGGUGUGACCCUCUCUCUGUCCUUACGUGGGUCGUGGUCUGUUGCUUUGUAACAAUCCAACCUCUCGUGUGGGUUUUUACAGAUGAAGCUGCCGUGGACAUUCUUGUACACGUUUGUAAACAUGUUUGCGUUUCUGUUGUGUAAAUGCCCGGGAGUGAGAUCGCUGGGUCACAAGGCAGGGGUGUGUUUAGUUUUCUAACAAACCAGCGGACCUUUCUCCUGGGCUGUGCCGCUUCCUGUCCCUACCGGCGGCGAUGGGCACCCUGGCCCCUUUGCCAGCCCGGCGGUGUUUGUGUUCAUUAGGGCCAUUCUGGUGGGCGUGGCGUAAUUGCUCCGUGUGGUUUUCACCCAGGAAAGUUACAGUGACAGUACCCAGAAUUCCUGGGUGCCCUGCUCCUACUCCCGGAUUCCCCACAUGCUAGCACUUCUGUUAUGUUUUCCCUCCCUCCCUCCCUCGGUCCUCUGUCUCUCCCUCUCUACACACGCGUGUUACAGGCACACACAUACAUGCACACAUGCUCACACAUACGCACAUACACACCUACACGCACAUGCACACGCAUUUUCUAAACUGGCAAAGUACAAGUGGCAGCCACGAUACCUUUUUACCACUAAGGACUUGGUGUGUAUUUCCUGAAGACAAGGACUUCUCUUACGUAGUCAUAACGUGGUGAUGGAAAUCAGGAAGCACACGUGAGGACAGUGUGGCCAUGUGAUGUUCAGGCCGUCCUGAGGUUUUGUGAGUUGGCCCAAUGAUGUCCUUUACAGUGAAAGGAACCAGGGUCACUGAGCUGCGGGACUCAUCAUGUUUGCUUAGCUCCUCGGGUCUGAACAGUUUCUGAGACUUUGUAUUUCACGACAUCAACAUUCUUGACAAAUGCAAGCCAGUUAUUGGGCGACUUUCCAUCCGUUUGGGUUUGCCCGACCUUUCUAGUGACCUUCGGGUUACACACCCGUGGCGGGAAAACCCCAAUGUGCUGCUGAGUCCUCGUGUGUCCCGUUGGGAGGUACGCGUGUCGACCUCGUCAGUCCCCCACCCGGCAGUGUUCACUCCAGCCCCGGGAUGAGGGUGACGGUGGCACCCGCCAGGCUUCCCCUGUAAAGUCGCUGGCCCAUUCACCUUCCGUAGUUGGGGGUGUCUGACUUUGAGACCUUGUUCACACCCUUUCACCCCUAGACUGAUCUCCUAGUUCAGCCUUCAUUGGUACUUUUUAGCCUGAUGGUUGCUACAUGGUGACUGACCUCUUGGUAUCAGAGCAGAUUCAUCGAGCCUGGCCGUGUCCGGGAGGGUACUGAGAAGGGCCCUGACCUGGCCAAGUGGGAGCUCCUGCAGGCUGACUCCACUGCCCCUUCACACGUCUCUGUUGAUCUGUGGCCACAUUUGGUAUAAAAAGGUUUCUUGGCACAAGUGAUCAGACGCACGUGUAUCUUGUCGUGAGAGAUCCGUUCCCCGCUCGAAGGGUAGCAGUCACGGACCGUCUUUGUGCACCGGCCCUUUGCACGGAGCAGGGUGUCUCAGCACCGCCUGCUGGGGUUUAGAGAGGGGUGCACACGGAGGCUCACUCUUUCUUCCUUCUUCCAAGUGCUCCCCGCUGACUCGGCCGCUCUCCUACAUGGACCUUCAGAACCAGCUGCAGUUUAACAGGAGUGUUCCUGCACAUUCCAGCAACUUGGCCGCGCGCUAUUCCUGCCCCGACGCGAUCAGAAUCGAGAAACUGACGCACUCGUCCGGCAAGUCCUACCGUGGCGGGGAUCCGGGCUUCAGAGCCGGGCCCGACGUGAGCGGCUCGGCUUCCUUCUCCGUCAUCUCCGAGGAGAGGCUCAGCUAUGCCGUCCACCUGGCCAAGAGGGACGUGAGGCGCAGGCAGUUCGAACAGCACGUGAGACAGCAGCGUCUCAGAAGCGAGCCCCAAACCUCUCAGAGGUGGGGACACCCCGAGCACAAGGUGCCUGAGCGCAGGGAGCAGAGGAAGGAGGCAAGGGGCCGGGAAAUGUGUCACUGCAGCCACGAGACGUGCGGGCGGGGAGCUUCCUGCUCGGGUGCGAAGGUUCACCUGUGUACCCCUCAGCCCGGGCAGCCCCCCGCCCUGGAGCCGGGGCCCCAGCCGCACGCCAGGACGGGUGGCCCGCGGGGCCUGCUGGGGGUGCAGAGACUCCAGGAGGAGCUGACCACUUGCGUCCGUAGGAUGGAAGAAGUAAUUAAAAGAGAUAGAACGGAAGAAGCUUUGGAACCGGAUGAGGAGCAGCGAGCCCGUGUCAGGAGGCAGGAACAGGCCGUGCGCUGUGCCCGGAUGCUGUACUCCCUGCAGCAGCAGGUGAAAGAAAUCCAGGAAGAAUUGGAUAAAUUGAGUCCACAUAAGAUUAAACAUACCGAGAAGUCGUGGGCGAUGUCCCGGCUGGCGGCUGCCCGCCGAAGCGCCAUCCGGGCCCUGCAGGUGUUCGUGACCCAGUUCGCCGACCGCGGGGAGCGGCCCCUCCCUGCCCGGUGCAGGGAGCUGGGCGGCCUCAUUCGCCAGAUCUCCCUCUGCUCCGCCAAGCUGGACGCCGACUCCUCUGUGUCCGAGGUGGUCGUAGACAUCCUGCGGCAAACCGAGGCUUUGGAGUCCCUCCUGGAAAAGAAACUGUCACCAAAAAAGGUGAAGAAAUGUUUCCCGGAAGUUCAGACCAGGUUUCCCGUUGGUGGCCACAGGGCCUUGGAGAGAUGGCGGAGUUCUUCGCCAAAAGGCGAGAGGAGACCCCUCCUAGCAAAGGAGAUGCUUCUGCAGGAAGCGCGACAACCUUCCAGGGCAAACAGGCUUCUUGCUGAUAAGUGUCAGCCUGGGGCAGCACCUGCAGCGACCCAGCGGUCCGCGAACGGGAACGGGCUUGGUGUGAGGGGCGCGGACGGGGAAGGAGCCCCUCCUGCUCCGGACCACAGCGCGAGCCUCACGGCAGAGCCCGUGGCCGUGGCGAGAGCGGGAGCAGCGGCCUGGAGGCCCGGGACGGGGAGCAUACCGCCCAGGAAGAAGGAGGCACCGGUGAGGCCGCCGCAGGGACCCCUCAGAGCUGAGGACCGUCAGCCGCCCCAAGGCCGCGGCAAAAGCAGACUGCAGCGCACGACCGUGUCAUCCAGGCUGAAAAGGAGCCAGCAGCCAGUGAGGGACCUCAGGGCCCCCUGGGUGCCUCCAAACCCCACGUCCCCGCCAGCGUCCCCCAAAUGUGCCGCCUGGCUGAAGGUGAGGCCCGGCCCCAGAGAUGCCGCCAGAGAGCGGUCUGUCCAGCAGGAAGAGGCUCAGGAGGCCAGUGCGUUGACAGGUGCUGUUGCGCACGAAGCCAUGAGACUCGCCUGGCUCGACGCUGAAGCUCACAAAACACUGAAGGAGCUGGAGGAGGUGAAAGCCGCGGGCGCGGACGGCGCGCACAGGCAGAGUGACUCUGCUGCCCAGUUAGCAGACAAGGUAGAGAAGGCGGUUCUGGAGCGUCUGAAGCCUCUCCUGGUCAAGGCCCAGAGAGUCAACUCUUCUCUGGAAGCGGAGGUGCCGAAGGACCGGCCGCCGGCAGACACGGCGACAGCCCGGCCUACGGACGAGGCUGUGGCCGCGGACGGGGGGCCCGGCAGCCUCCGCCAGCAGGGCGACUGUCUGGAAGGCACCGCGAUCCGCUGUGACGUCUUGGCGUCGCAAGCCCGGGCCCCCGGGGCAGGCGGCAGGGACAGCCCGUUUCUGGACACCAUGAUGCUGCGCAUGGAGGAGAUGGAGAAAUACCAGGAGAUGGUUCGCCGAAGAUACAAUGAAAUUGUAUAUGCUGAUCCCCGUCUGUGGAUGCAGGAAGGGAAGAGUGAGCAGACGCUCCCGGCGGUAGGUGAAAGGCCUCUCUCUCCUCAUCCAGUCGGGACCACAAAGAGCCCCGCGCGCAAAGACCCGGGCACGAGCAUCGUGUUGGAAAGACCUCGCGAUGGCAACUCCCUGGAUGCGAGUGUGGACGCUGGCGAGGAGUCUGAGAAGAGGGAGGCUCCCCUUCGGCCCCUUCCGGAAGAGUCUCUGCGGCAGGAAGGCCGCACCGCCCUCCUGGUGCCCCCGGGCAUGCGACGCAGCAUCCACGACUCCUGCAGCCGCUUCGAGCAGUAUCUCCGCAUGACCGCGCACGAGGCCGUGGGUGCCUUCAACCCCUGGCUGAUGGCCGAGAGCUUCUCGGACGAGCUGGUGGACGAGGCUCUGGGCGCCGUGGCCGCGGAGCUGGAGGACACGUGUGAGGACUACGCGGAAGCCGUGUUCACGUCGGAGUUCUUGGAGGCCGCCACUUGAAGCCCGUCUCUGUGGCGGGCCUCCUCCCUGGGGCCCAUGGGUGGCCUUGGCCUCGGCUGUCCCUCCGGGCGGGACCGCUGCCCUCGGAGAGGAAGGACGUGCGUCUCGCGUCGUCGUGGCAGUGGAGCCGGUGGUUGAUGACGGUGGGUGUUCAUCGGUGCCCAGUAACCGUGAAAUCGCCUGACGAGACGGUGUUUUCUGAACUGUGGUUUUUCUGUUGAGAUAUCAGUGACGCGAGCGUCCUGGCAGGUGGUGGAAGACGUGUUUCACUCCCGGGGUCGAGAUGCUCCCGUCACCCCCCCGUCACCCCCCGUCACCCCCCGUCACCCCCCGUCAGCCCCCGUCACCCGGCCGUGAGCCUGCCAGUCCCCGUGUGCGGCACCUCCUCUGGCUCUCGGCCCCUCGUGGUCCCCGGCCUCGCCCUGGGGGGCGUAUGGACGCAGACCUUGAAUUGAGGGGCCGGGAGGGCGCCCAGCUCACGUCCCUUCUGCGGGGUCGCACCUCCCCUGCCUCCAGAUCCACCGAGCAGCCUGGGUGGGAGGACGGACGGGCCUGGAUGUGCUGCCCGCCCCCCCCCCCCCCCCAAGAAAGGAAGACACCUGAGAGCCGGGGGCGCUCGGUGCCCUCGUCCCUCCUCUCCUCUCCCCUCCCCUCUCCGUCAGGAUUCACCAAGAGGAAAGCCUCUGAUUUUUCAGAAACGGAAAAGGCACGUGCGUGAGUUUUCCUCGACCGGAGCCCUGCUGAGGACCCACCCGAGGGGAGGAUUCGCGCCCAGGAUAACGUGCGUCUUCAUGACACGCACGGCGUCAGUCUGGGACUUUUCUCCCAAGUACACGUGUUUCGGGGAGCCGUGCACCUGCCCCGUCACGCGACCUGUGCAAAAUUGGGCUUUGUUUCGUGUGCGCACGCUCCUAAACGUGACACAGCCUCCGAAGGGAAAGUGCUCCCGGGUUACUGGAAGGUCUUCGAGGCGAGGGGCGCGUGUGCACUUGGCAGGGCGUCUGCCGUCUGUAGCUGGAGUCGUUUGUGUGCUAGCGUUUGCUGUGAUUUGUAAAAUAAACUCAGGAUCUUAAAGGA